UUUGUCUUCAACGUAGGGUGCCGCGUUACUUAGAAUACUUUUGCAACGUUUUGUGGUGUUUUGCACGUCGGUGCGCGCGUCGAAAGUGCGGGAAAAAUGUCAAAACACGAUCGAGUGAAAUCGGGUGGCUUCCUGGAUACGUUGCUCGGUCGGCCACACAAGAAGAGUGGACGACACGGGGGAAGUGCUAACUAUGGAAAUGGAUCGAGCAGCGGUGGUGGCACCAUCGGGCACAGUGGGAGCUACGGGAGCCUCAACGGGGGCCGACCCCUGUCCGGCCAGGACGCGGACCUAGCGUCCCUGAUCGAGUCGAACGAGACGCGCAAAAUGAGCGAAGCGGAAGUCAACCAACUGUUUCUCGAGAUCCUCGAGGACAUGAACAUUCCUCAGGACAAGCGCGAUCCGCUGCUGGAGAAACCGCUCGAGGAGAAGCGAAAGAUGAUCAUGAUGCACGUGAAAGGUAAAACCUCGACCGAGCAUCGGGCCAACUCUCGUUUCGAAAAGCCGUCCGACUAUGUGCAGUACCUGCGCGAUGGUGAUUACUCGAGUCGGUCGCAAAAGGUGCUGGCGUGCGUCGAAAGCCUGCGGGUAUCGCUGACCAGCAACCCGAUCAGCUGGAUCAAGGACUUUGGCGAGGACGGCAUCAACGAGAUCGUUUCGCUACUGCGCUUCUGCAAGUCGGUCCCGCGCCGGAUGCCGAAGAUCGAGUACGAGUGCUUACGGUGCCUGAAGGCGAUCAUGAACAACUCCUGGGGCCUGAAUGUGAUCCUGUCGCCGGACCAGCACGCGGCCAUCCUGCUCCUGGCACAGUGCAUCGACGCGAGCCACCCGCAGACGAUGUGCGAAGCGAUCAAGCUGCUGUCCGCGGUGUCCCUCAUCAAGGAGCGCAACGGUUACCAGAAGGUGCUGCGUGCGAUCACGAACGCCACGAUGAUGAUGAAGCCGGGAUCGGAGCGGUUUCGACCGAUCGUGGAUGGGCUGUUUGUGGAACGGGACCGCAACCACGAGCUGACCUGCAGCACGAUGAUCUUCAUCAACUGUAUCAUCAACACACCGGUUGAUAUCAACUUCCGGUUGCAUCUGCGCUGCGAGAUCAUGCGUGCCGGCCUGUACGAUCGGCUCACCGAGCUGUCGGAGGUGGUGGAGAAGAGCGGCAACGAGAAUCUGGUGAACCACUUUAAGAUCUUCAACGGGUACCGGGAGGACGACUUCGAGGAGUUCAGCAACCGGUUCGACAACGUGCGCCUCGAGCUGGACGACAUGAACGACUGCUUCGAGCUGCUGAAGAACAUUGUGGCCGAGACGAGCAGCGAACCGUACUUCCUUUCGAUCCUGCAGCACCUGUUAUUCAUCCGCGACGACCACCAGUACCGGCCGGCGUACUUUAAGCUGAUCGAGGAGUGCGUCUCACAGAUCGUCCUGCACAAGAGUGGCUGCGAUCCGAACUUUGACAGCCGAGACUUCCACAUCGACACCAGCACACUUCUGGACGACAUGGCGGAGAAGACGAAGCAGCUCGAGAGCAAAAAAUCGGAAGACUUUGAGAAGCGCAUGACCGAGCUGCAGACGGCACGGCAGGAAGCGGAAGCGCGUGCCGCCGCCCUCGAGGAUCGGCUGAAGGAAAUCGAAGCGUCGGGUGUCGUGUCGCCGAAGGGCAAAAGUAAACUACCUCAGAUUAACAUUCCAGCACCGCCAAUGAUGCCGGGUGGCAUGCCGGCACCUCCCGGUGGUGCACCCCCACCUCCCCCACCACCCUUCCCGGGGAUGAUGAUGGCCGUCGGUCCUCCACCUCCGCCCCCACCGAUGCCCGGUGCCGUGCGCAUGCCACCACCUCCUCCGAUGCCGGGCAUGGGACCACCGCCACCGCCACCUCCCAUGAUGAUGGGUGGAGGUAUGAGACCGCCCGGAAUGGCUCCACCGUUCCCCGGGGCCGCACCACAACCCCUACCGUACGGCUUGAAGCCGAAGAAGAAAUGGGACACCGAUGGGCCAAUGAAGCGUGCCAACUGGAACGGGAUCGAUCCGAAGAACCUCUCGGAGAACUCGUUCUGGGUGCAGGUGCAGGAGGAGAAGCUGGCCGACAACGACAUGCUCGCCCGGUUGGCCAUGAAAUUUUCCUCCAAGCCGGCGGCCAAGCAGAUGGACCGAGACAACUCGGACCGGCCGCAGUCGUCGAAGAAGAACAUCGAUCUGCGUGUGCUCGACGGAAAGGCGGCCCAGAAUCUGCUCAUCCUGCUUGGGGGCUCACUGAAACAUCUCAGCCACGAGCAGAUUCGUGUGUGCCUGCUCCGCUGCGACACAACCAUCCUCAGCCCGAGCGUGCUACAGCAGCUCAUCCAGUAUCUGCCACCACCGGACCAGCUGAAGCGCCUACAGGAGAUCCGAGCACGGGGCGAGGAGCUUGCCGGUGCGGAAAGUUUCGCGGCCACAAUCGGCGACAUCAAGCGGCUCGGUGCGCGGCUUCAAAGUCUCAGCUUCCGGAUCAACCUGCCCGACAUGGUGGCCGACUGCAAGCCGGACAUUGUGGCAGGUACGGCCGCCUGCGAGGAGGUGAAGACAAGCAAAAAGUUCGCCAAGGUGCUCGAGUUGAUACUGCUGCUCGGGAACUACAUGAACUCCGGCUCGAAGAAGGAUCUCGCGUUCGGCUUCGAGAUCAGCUUCCUACCGAAGCUCUCCAACACCAAGGACUACGAGAACAAGCAGACGCUGCUGCACUACCUGGCCGAGGUGAUCGAGAGCAAGUUCCCGGAGGCGCUGACCUUCUACGAGGAUCUCUCGCACGUCGACAAAGCGUCCCGCGUCAGCCUGGACAUCAUCAAGAAGACGAUGACGCAGAUGAAAAACUCGCUCAAGAACCUCGAGUCGGAUCUGAACAACAACAAGGUGCCGCAGAACGAGGACGAUCGGUUCCACGAGGUGAUGGGCCAGUUCGCGGUGGAGUGCCGGGGGCAGGUGGAGGUGCUGAUGCGCAUGCUGGCCCAGAUGGAAACGCUGUUCAACAGCCUCUCCGAGUACUACUGCUUCGAUCCGGCCAAGUACACGAUGGAGGAGUUCUUCUGCGACAUCAAGGCGUUCAAGGAUGCGUUCAUCCAAGCGCAUGCCGACAAUCUGCGGUUGCGCGAGGAGGAGGAAAAGAAGCGGCGCGCGCUGGAGGCGAAAGAGCGCGCCCAGCGGGAAAUGCUCGAGCGCCAGCAGCGUAAAGCGGUCGAGCUGGUCAACAUUGACGCGGUGCAAACGCAGGAAGGUGUCAUGGAUAGUUUACUGGAGGCGCUACAGACCGGGUCGGCGUUUGGAAAUCGGGAACAGCGGCGCCGUCGUGGGCCCCGGCCAGCCGGUGCCGAACGGAGGGCGCAACUUAAUCGGAGUCGAUCGCGCACGGGCAUAACGGCGAACGCGUUUUCGAGCCGAGAAAUGCUCUCCGAGCUGCUUGGGCCCGCGUAGUAGUUAGUUGGUGCCUUUCGUACCUGCUUGAAAUGCUAGCUUUGCAAUACUUUUACAUGUUGAAAUAUGUGUGCGGUAUGUAAAGAUUGACAAGGGAAAUAUCUACUACGUACAGAUUUUUCUUCUGUUAUUUUAUUAGCAUUGGAAACAUUGGUAGAACUUUCAUCAAUUACCGGAAGAAGUUCAGAUAAGCGAACUUCCUAGAAGACGUGAAUUGUUCAUUAGAUGGAAGUAAAAUGAAAACGAACCGUAACCAUGGAAACUGGUAUCACCUAGCAACAGAAACGCCAAGAAUGAGAAAAUGAAAGACAUGUGGCAAAACAUAUGUAACUUUUAAGAUAUGAUUGACAUUCAAAUAACAGAGGACGACAAAAAACGAGACAAGGAAAAAUCAGUAUUUCAAUUAAUCUGAAAAUAAAAAAAACAACAACAAUUGUGGUGGUUCAUUAAAAUAAGUACGAUGGUUAAAGCAAACUUUUUGUUAUAAGUUAGAAUCGGUCACAUUUUGUAUACAGUCAGUUAGGAAUCGCGCCAUCAGAUAAAUGUUUAGACCGAACUAUCCUCUCCAACGAGAACAAAUUGUAUAAAGCAAUGCAGACUCUUCCUCUUCCAAUCCACAACGACGAUGCCCCCCUUGCAUUGUUAGCUAAUAGCAGUGGCAUUAUUCCAUUAGACAUAUUUCAGUUGUCUUGUUGCAUAUUCACACCGAAUAUCCUUCGAGAAGUAGAAAAAUAAACACAAAAAUUACAAUUGCCAAAUCUUGACAAACUAAUGCAGGCCCAAUGUGUGCUGCUGCGUUUUGUUGCCCCACUGGAGGAGGAAAACGAACCGUCACCACCCCAAGCGCCUUAAUAAAACAUGGAAGUGAAAAGUGAUAGCAAUUCCGCCAACGCCACACGACGCGCACAACACGCAAAAUGCGAAUGCACAAACCGCACCACACUUAAGCCGUACGAAAAGGAAGGAUAUGAGUUAUGAAAGGCUUUGCCAUAGCAUUAGAAGA